AUGCUAAAAUUUAAAUAUGCAACACCCCAUCCGGCAGAACUGGGCACAAUGGACUCUAUUGCCAGCCGCGCUUCUCGACUUAACCUGCUUCUUCAGGGGAAGUUCCCAUCUCUGGCACAACAGCAGAUGUCUCCGUUCUCAAGAGAAGGCAUUCUGGACUCCCUUCUGGUGCUGUAUGAGGAAGGCAGCCGUUCUCUGCUGAUGAAAGCCAAACACGCAGGCGAUUUCUUUAAAAAGCAUUCAGAUUCAAUCACGUCGUUCCGGGAACUCCAACCCAGCCCGAAAGACUUUGAAAUCCGGAAUCUGGUAGGAUGCGGCCGUUUCGCCGAAGUCCAGGUGGUGAAAGAAAAGGCAACUGGUGACAUUUACGCCAUGAAGGUGAUGAGCAAGGAGGCCCUGUUGGCCAAAGAGCAGGUAUUCUUUGAGGAAGAGAGAAAUAUUCUAUCACAGAAUGCCAGUCCUUGGAUUCCACGUCUUCACUAUGCGUUCCAGGAUGAAAAGAAUCUCUACUUGGUUAUGGAUUACGAGCCGGGAGGCGAUCUACUCUCAUUCUUAAACAGAUACGAGGAUCAACUGGAUGAAAGCACUGUAGAGUUUUAUCUAGCAGAAUUAGUUCUGGCCAUUCACAGCGUCCAUCAAAUGGGUUAUGUCCAUCGAGACGUUAAGCCAGAGGAUAUCCUGCUUGACAGAACAGGACACGUCAAGUUGGUGGAUUUUGGGUCUGCUGCCAAAAUGACGGUGGAUAAAACGGUGGAUGCCAAGGUGCCCCCUGGCCCUCCUGACUACAUGGCCCCGGAAGUCCUCAGUGCUUUGAACAACAGCAAAGCUUCCUAUGGACCAGAAUGUGACUGGUGGUCUCUAGGGGUGGUUGCUUAUGAAAUGAUCUACAGGAAAUCGCCGUUUGCUGAAGGGACCUCAACUAAAACGUCCAACAACAUCAUGAAUUUUCAGAGGUUCCUAAAAUUCCCGGAGGACGUCAAGGUUAGCCACGAAUGUCUCGACCUGCUGCAGAGUUUACUGUGUGGGCUGAAAGAACGAUUGGACUACAAAGGCCUGUGCUGCCACCCGUUCUUUGCCAAUGUCGACUGGAAUGCCAUCUGUAACGUUCGCCCUCCUUUCGUGCCCGCCGUCCAGGCUGAGGAUGAUACCUCUAAUUUUGAUGCCCGGGAGACGGACGCCGGGAUCGCUUCCCCUCUCGGCCAGCUGAGCCCCGCAGCUUCCCCCGGAGGAGAAGCGUUGCCGUUCGUGGGGUUCUCCUUCAUCAAGGCACUCGCCGUCCUCCGGUCAGAGUCUACUUUGCGUCCGGAUUCUCCCGCGAAGAUUAGCUCCAUGGAAAAGAAACUCCUUUUUAAGAGCAAAGAGCUGCAAGGCACUCAGGAUAAGUGUCACAAGAUGGAGCAGGAAAUGACGCGCUUGCACCGGAGAGUGUCGGAGGUGGAGGCUGUGCUCAGCCAAAAGGAGGUGGAGCUGAAAGCCUCCGAGACCCAACGCUCCCUGCUUGAACAAGACCUGGCUACCUACAUCACAGAAUGCAGUAGCUUAAAGAGAAGCCUGGAACAGGCUCGGAUGGAAGUUUCUCAAGAGGACGACAAGGCACUGCAGCUCCUUCACGAUAUAAGAGAACAGAGUCGCAAGUUGCAGGAAAUCAAAGAACAGGAGUACCAAGCUCAAGUGGAAGAAAUGAGGUUGAUGAUGAACCAGCUAGAAGAAGACCUUAUUUCUGCUCGCAGACGCAGCGAUCUCUACGAAUCGGAGCUGAGGGAAUCUCGACUGGCGGCAGAAGACUUCAAGCGAAAAGCCACUGAAUGUCAUAACCGGCUCCAGAAAGUUGUUAAGGUUAAAGACCAAGGAAAAACAGAAGUAGGAGAGCUGUAUUCCAAGCUGGAGAAGAUCAAUGCAGAUCAACAGGUGAAAAUCCAGGAACUCCAAGAGAAGCUGACAAAGGCCAUGAAAGCCAGCUCGGAAGCCACCGAAUUGCUUCAGAACAUCCGCCAAGCCAAAGAGAGGGCCGAGAAAGAGCUGGAGAAACUGCAGAACCGGGAGGACUCCAACGAAAGCAUGAAAAAGAAAUUGCUGGAAGCCGAGGAAAGGCGCCAUUCUCUGGAAAACCAAGUGAAGCGCCUGGAGACGGUGGAGCGGCGAGAGAACCGCCUGAAAGAAGAUAUCCAGACAAAAUCUCAGCAAAUCCAGCAGAUGGCUGAUAAAAUUCUGGAACUGGAAGAGAAACACCGGGAAGCUCAGUUGGCGGCCCAACACCUGGAGUUGCACCUGAAGCAGAAAGAACAAAUGUAUGAAGAAAGGCUCAAAGUGCUUGAUAACCAGAUGAAGAAAGACUUGGGAGACAAAGACGCUCUGGAGAACAUGCUGAGGAAGCACGAGGAGGAGGCUCACGAAAAGUGCAAAAUCCUCGCCGAGCAGAAAGCGAUGAUCAAUGCCAUGGAUUCGAAGAUCAGAUCUCUGGAGCAGAGAAUAGUGGAACUGUCUGAAGCUAACAAGCUGGCAGCCAACAGCAGCCUCUUCACUCAGAGGAACAUGAAAGCCCAAGAAGAGAUGAUUUCUGAGCUCAGGCAGCAGAAAUUUUAUCUGGAAACCCAGGCCGGGAAAUUAGAAGCGCACAACAAUAAACUGGAGGAACAAUUGGAAAAAAUCAGCCAUCAGGAUCAUGCCGACAAGACUCGCCUCCUGGAGUUGGAGACGAGGUUACGAGAGGUUAGCCUUGAACACGAAGAGCAAAAACUGGAGCUGAAGCGACAGCUGACUGAAUUGCAGCUCACCCUCCAGGAGAGGGAAUCUCAGAUUUCUGGGUUGCAAGCGGCCCGGGCAGCCCUGGAAAGUCAACUCCGGGAAGCGAAAACCGAAUUGGAGGAGACCACGGCUGAAGCGGAAGAAGAGAUCCAAGCGCUGACGGCACAUAGAGAUGAAAUCCAGCGUAAAUUUGAAGCCCUUCGUAAUAGCUGCACAGUGAUCACAGAUCUGGAAGAGCAGCUGAACCAGCUGACCGAGGAUAACGCUGAGCUGAACAACCAGAACUUCUUCCUCUCCAAGCAGUUAGAUGAAGCUUCCGGGGCAAACAACGAGGUGGUUCAGUUGCGGAGCGAGGUUGACCAUCUCCGUCGCGAGAUAACGGAACGGGAGAUGCAACUCACCAGUCAAAAGCAAACCAUGGAGGCCUUAAAGACCACCUGUACCAUGCUGGAGGAGCAAGUGAUGGAUCUGGAGGCCCUGAACGAUGAGCUCUUGGAGAAGGAGCGCCAGUGGGAGGCGUGGAGAAGCGUCCUGGGAGAUGAGAAGACCCAGUUUGAGUGCCGGGUGCGGGAACUCCAGCGAAUGUUGGAUACAGAGAAGCAAAGCAGGGUGCGAGCCGACCAGCGCAUCACGGAAUCCCGCCAAGUUGUGGAGCUUGCGGUUAAAGAACAUAAAGCGGAGAUCUUGGCUCUCCAACAAGCAUUAAAGGAACAAAAGCUCAAAGCUGAGAGUCUCUCCGACAAGCUGAAUGACUUGGAGAAGAAGCACGCCAUGCUGGAGAUGAACGCCCGGAGCCUGCAGCAGAAGCUUGAAACGGAACGCGAACUCAAACAGAGGCUUCUGGAGGAGCAAGCCAAGCUGCAGCAGCAGAUGGAUUUGCAGAAGAACCACAUCUUUCGGCUGACUCAAGGCCUGCAAGAGGCUUUGGACCGGGCCGACCUUUUGAAGACCGAAAGGAGCGACCUGGAAUACCAGCUGGAGAAUAUUCAGGUCCUGUAUUCCCACGAAAAAGUGAAGAUGGAAGGCACUAUUUCCCAACAAACCAAGCUUAUAGAUUUCCUCCAAGCGAAGAUGGAUCAGCCAGCCAAGAAGAAAAAGGUUCCUCUGCAGUACAAUGAGCUGAAGGUGGCCUUGGAGAAGGAGAAGGCCCGCUCAGCGGAGCUGGAGGAAGCCCUGCAGAAAACCCGCAUCGAACUCCGAUCCGCCCGGGAGGAAGCUGCCCAUAGGAAAAUUACAGACCACCCUCACCCUGCCACGCCUGCCACGGCCAGGCAGCAGAUCAUCAUGUCUGCCAUAGUUCGCUCACCAGAACACCAGCCCACGCCCAUCAGCCUGCUGGCACCUCCCUCCAGCCGCCGAAAGGAGGCCUCCACGCCAGAGGAGUUUAAUCGUCGCCUGAAAGAGCGGAUGCAUCACAAUAUCCCUCAUCGCUUCAACGUGGGACUGAACAUGAGAGCUACCAAAUGUGCCGUUUGCUUGGACACUGUGCACUUUGGACGCCAGGCUUCGAAAUGCCUUGAAUGCCAAAUGAUGUGCCAUCCCAAAUGUUCUGCCUGCUUGCCGGCCACUUGCGGCUUGCCGGCUGAGUACGCCGCCCACUUCUCCGAAGCCUUCUGCCGGGAUAAAUUGAAUUCCCCAGGCCUGCAGCUAAAAGAACCUGGCAGCGCUUUACGGCUGGAAGGAUGGAUGAAGGUGCCCAGAAAUAAUAAACGUGGCCAGCAAGGCUGGGAUAGGAAAUACGUAGUUCUAGAAGGAACUAAAGUCCUUGUUUACGACACAGAAACGAGAGAAGCUGGACAACGGCCCGUGGAAGAGUUUGAACUGUGCCUUCCAGAUGGAGACGUUACUGUCCACGGGGCCGUGGGAGCGACCGAGCUUCUAAGUACAGCCAAGACAGAUGUGCCAUAUAUAUUGAAGCUGGAAUCUCAUCCCCACACCACCUGUUGGCCUGGCCGGACUCUCUAUUUGCUGGCACCUACUUUUCCAGAUAAGCAGCGUUGGGUGAAUGCCCUGGAAUCUACCGUGGCCGGAGGAAGAGUUUCCAGAGAGAAGGCAGAAGCCGAUGCGAAACUCCUUGGAAAUUCCCUCUUGAAGCUGGAAGGAGAAGACCGGUUGGAUAUCAACUGCACUUUACCCUUCAGCGAUCAGGUGGUCCUGGUGGGGGCCGAGGAAGGACUUUACGCCUUGAACGUGCUAAAGAAUUCCUUAACGCACGUGCCCGGGAUUGGAGCUGUCUUUCAGAUCCACCUCAUCAAGGACCUGGAGAAGCUGCUCAUGAUUUCGGGAGACGAAAGGGCGUUGUGCCUUGUGGAUGUGAAAAAAGUGAAGCAGUCCCUCGCUCAGUCCCACCUCCCAGCUCAACCUGACGUCUCCCCCAAUAUUUUUGAGGCUGUGAAAGGCUGCCAUCUUUUUGCGGCUGGCAAGAUCGACAACGGGUUGUACAUCUGCGCGGCCAUGCCCAGCAAAAUCGUGGUGUUGCGUUACAACGAGAGCCUCAGCAAGUACUGCAUCAGGAAGGAGAUCGAAACCUCGGAACCCUGCAGCUGUAUCCAUUUCACCAAUUACAGCAUCAUCGUGGGGACCAAUAAGUUUUACGAAAUUGAGAUGAAGCAGUACACCCUAGAAGAAUUCCUGGAUAAGAAUGACCACACCUUGGCAUCCGCUGUCCUUGCAUCUUCCAACAACAGUUUCCCAAUCAGCAUCAUCCAGGUGAACCCAGCAGGGCAGAGGGAAGAGUAUCUGCUUUGCUUCCACGAAUUUGGGAUUUUUGUAGACUCCUACGGAAGGCGCAGCCGCUCAGACGACCUGAAAUGGAGCCGCCUGCCUUUAGCAUUCGCCUAUCGGGAACCAUACCUGUUCGUGACUCACUUCAACUCCCUGGAGGUGAUAGAAAUUCAAGUACGCGCCUCUCUUGGCAUCCCAGCCCGAGCCCACCUGGACAUCCCGAGCCCUCGUUACCUGGGCCCGGCAAUCUCCUCCGGAGCCAUUUACCUGGCCUCUUCCUACCAGGACAAACUGAGAGUUAUUUGCUGCAAAGGGAAUUUGGUGAAAGAAUCCAACAACGAGCAUCAUCGGGGCUCUUCCACCACCCGCAGCAGCCCAAACAAGAGGGGCCCGCCCACGUAUAACGAGCACAUAACCAAGCGGGUAGCGUCGAGCCCAGGGCCCCCCGAAGGUCCCGGCCACCCUCGCGAGCCAAGCACACCGCACCGCUACCGAGAAGGAAGGACAGAGCUACGGAGGGACAAGUCCCCGGGACGCCCCCUGGAGAGGGAGAAAUCCCCGGGAAGGGUGCUCAGCACCCGCCGAGAAAGGUCCCCCGGGAGACUGUUUGAGGAGAGCAGCAGGGGACGAAUACAAGUGGGGGGCGCCCGGACCCCCCUCGCCCAGGUCAACAAGGUCUGGGACCAAUCUUCAGUAUAAGCGUCACAAGCCUCCACCCUCCGACCCUGAACUCCAAGGAAGAACACAAAAACUAUCCAGAAUUAGGUGCACCACCCAU